AUGGAGCGGAAAAGAAAGUUGCCCCCAAGGGCCGCCGCCCGUCAAGAGCAGGCGGCCAAGAAACGAAAUGUUACGACUCGACAGUCGUCAACACCAGCUGUUGCAGAACCGCCUCCUCGCGAACCGACACCGUCGCCGCCGCCGCCUCCUCCUCCUCCGCUGCCCAAGUCAAUCGAAGUCGGAAAGCCUCUGCCUACCGUGGAAGAGCCUCAACCAACGAACCUGUCCUGCAAAGAAUACCAGUCCGUGUCUGAGAGCGGUGUCAUGUCGGAAUCGCUCUCGAGAUCGCGGCACAAGUGGAUCAGCGAAGGCCUGUUCGAAAAGUUUUGGUCAAAACCACACAAACGCAAGGGCGUGCUGCAAGAGGAUCCAAAUAAUCCACCCAAGGAUAGUAUGAUGAAAGUUGGAUUGGUCACGCUUACCAUCGAGCCGCACAUCGUGGAAGCAACCAUGUAUGCUGUUAAAACGUCCAAGCUGCUACCUCACCAGCAGCAGAGAUUUAAACCCAACCCUCAGCCACCCGGACAAGCGACACCAACAGGUCAACCGCAACAACCAACCGUUGUGCAACCACAACCGCAGCAGCAGCAGCAGCAACCACACCCUAACCCUUCAGCGCCGGCACAACAACCUGUUCUCGCACGGCCUGUUCUUCAAUAUGGUCCUCCAAAUGGGGCCAUGCGGCCCCCGCCAAUCCCUACCAGUCCUGUUACAACCACUCCGACAUCAAUGGCGACACCAGCAGCUUCUACCCCGGGCGCUACUCCUGCCGGGGCUGUACCUGUAUCGACAUAUUCUACGUCGGCGGCGCCUACAUCGGCUGCUCCAGUAUCACCAAAGUCGUCAUCCCCAGCUCUGCCAGCCGUGCCGCCGGCCUCUUCUCCCGCAGAGAUGCAUGUUAAAGCCACAUCAUCUCCCAAUCCAGGGCCCCCAAGCGUUGCCCAGCCUGCGCAACCAUCUGCUCCCCAACAAGGACAGCCGCAAGCGCAGUCACAAGGGGUGGUGGCUUCCACUCCGACGCCUACUCCAGCCCCCAAGGCCUCACAACAUUCUUCUCCACCUCCAAACACGGCUCCCCUUGCGAGUGGUGCACAUCCACCAUCUUCAACAAUACAAACUCCUCUCCAACCUGCUGGGGCAUCACAACUUAUUACCCGCCCCGUGGCCAACGCUCCACCAAGGCAGGCUGUUGUCUCUAGUCCAGCGGCUGGGCCAUCCUCCAGCACCGCGUCUCGCCCUGCUGGCACGCCUAAUCAGGCCCAACCUCCUGCGCCUAGCAAUAGACCACCACCAGCAGCACCAAGAGCCGCGCCAGCUCCUGCAGCAAAACCUGCGGCGAAUGACCCGGUGAUUGCGUUGCUUGCCCAAAAGGCCUCUGCCGAUCCCGAACUUCGAGAUUUGAUGAAGAGGGUCGCAGUUGGACAAGCAAAGGAUGGGGAGUUGGCCAAGUUCCAAAAGAUCAUCGACCAGCUGAAUGCAGAGUAUCGGCAGCGAGGUGGCCAGCAAGGCCCGUCCGCCGAUAGGCUACUGGUGGAUGGUCGAACCGUAAAGUAUUUCGCUGAUGAGGUUCGCACCAUUUUGGAUAUUGUGCUUGCUUCAAACCCGAACCAGAAGUCAUCUGAACUUCGACCGCCUCCGCGAAGCGAUCCGUUGGUCGUCCUUUUGGUAAAAACUGCUCUUGAAAACCAGCGGAUAAAAGACAUGAUUCGUCGCAUAGCCGAGGGGAAGCCUGGAUUCACCGAUGCCACGGAUCUGAAGCAAACUUUGGACCGCCUACAUCGAGAUGCGAAAAUAACACCAAAGGCCACCACCACACCUGGACCUUCACCCCUUAGACAGCCCCCCGUAAACGGGUCUCCUGCUGCGUCCCAGCCGAAGACCCAAGCACCGCAAGGGGCUCAACAAGCGAACCAGCAGAUAAAAUCGAAAGCAUCAAGCCAUGUAAAUCGGCCGGAUCUUUCAGCAGUAGUGUUUGAUUUUGGGUCAGGAGAUAGAUGUUUGUUUCCUAGAUACAGCAUCUUGGAAUUCUUGCCAUCGCAGUCCGGGCAGCAUGUGGUUGCAUCAUUCUUGAUUGUUCGCAAGGGCAGCGCAUCAGAGUAUGGGGGUGAUCCAAAGCUCGACUACUAUCAGCCUGUUACGAUCCGCCUGCAAACCACGACGGGGCGACAUUUGGAGAACCUGGCGCGCGUUGUUGCUCCACAGGACGAGGUUCGCCGUUACAUGGACGAUGUGAUGGACAACAUGACGCGAGCCGAGUACGUGUUGCUCGCCAUGCGGCUGCCACGGGUGGACUUUGAUCCCCAGGAAGCUGUCCCUGUGGUGGAGGACUCCAAAGCAAGCAGCCCAACACCCAAAUCCGAACCGGAGACAGAUAACAAUACGACGCCAAAACCCGGCGUAUUGUGGACCACCGGAUCCAGUAACAAGGCGACUGUUUCCGCCUUGCCAGUAAAGCUUCAAGAUCCAGAGCAAGAGGCACAGUCCAAGUACGAGCGUCUUAUUCGAUCUGUGGCGGAGAAGGAGGUGGACGGUUUGUGA